AUGACCUCUUCUAAUGCGGUCAGUCAAGAGCAGGAACCUCUUUUGGCCCGGGGAGACAUAGUCCGGGAUGGCACAGGCACGGUACAAUCGCAGGCCCCGUCGCACCACGUCCCUGUUCUUGUGUUUGGGUACAUUUCCAUGUUCUUCUUGACGCUGUAUCCUAGUAUUUUCCACACGGCCCUGACUCAGACCAUGGAGGGAAAUAUCUGCCAGAUCCUCCACCCUAACGUCACGAACCCAGUCGCGGACCUGCGCUGCAAGGACGCAGAGGUGCAGGCCGAGCUGUCGCUGGUGUUGGGUUUGGAGAGCACCUUUGGUCUGCUGCCGACACUACUGUUCAGUAUUCCCUACGGAAUGGCUGCUGACGUCUAUGGCCGCAAGCCCAUUGUCAUCCUAUCGGCAAUUGGAGGUACCCUGUAUAAUCUGACCGCAAUGAUCGUCUGCCGCUUUCCUAAUAUAUUUCCGUCACGGCUUCUUUGGGCCGUGCCUCUCACGUCAGUUGUUGGCGGUGGCUCGGCCAUUGCCUUGACAAUCCUGUAUGCCAUGGCGAAUGAUGUCGUGUCCAAAUCACAGAGAUCCAUGACGUUUUUGCUUUUAACAACCUCGCGCCUCGUCGCUGUCCUCGUUAGUGGACCAAUCACCUACGCCACUCUCUCUCGGGGGCAAUGGCUCACGUUUGUUGUAUCGCUGCUUGUCCAGUUCCUUGGGCUCUUGACGUCGCUUCUACUACCUGAGACGCUAACGCUGUGCAACGAUGAAGCGAUUAGCCGCCAAAAGACGGCCAGGUCAUUUGUAUCCGUGAUUCGCACAAGAACCAAAUCUUUGGUGACGGAAGCUCUACCGCCAUUAAAGGGCGUGAUAUGGGGCAAUAGAAAACUGUGUCUGCUUUUCUCGAGCAUGUUUUUUGCGCACACAAGCAAAACGAUGGCUGCGUCAAUGUACGCGCAGUAUGCUACGAAGCGUUACGGUAUAUCCUGGGGAGAGGCCGACCUGAUCAUUUCUCUUCGGAGCUUCGUAAUGCUGGGUUUAUUUCUAUGUAUUCUUCCGCUCACAAACUACCUUGUCCUCAGAGCUGGAAUAAUGCCAAUUCGACAAGACUCGUGGACGGCACGAAUAGGCAUCACGCUCAUCAUAGUCUCUUCCUGGAUUACUGGCUCGGCAGAGACGCUGCCCGUGUUUAUUGUGGCCAUUGUACUUUCUGCCUUUAGCCUUUGUUUGGAGCCGGCAAUGCGCAGUCUCAUUGUUUAUUCGGCCAGAAAUGCAGGCACCGGCAUGGUUUUCUCCGUCAUGGAGCUGCUUCAAGCCCUGGGUUUCAUAGCCUCUGGUCCUAUUGUUGCCUCGAGCUUCCGGCUAGGCCUGCAUUGGGGCGGGCAGUGGCUAGGGCUACCCUUGUUGAUGGCAUCUUGCAUGGCGAUGCCUGGCGCUGUGAUUAUAUGUGCUCUGAGAAUUGAAGAGACUGAAGACGAGGAGGAGGAAGUAGCUUAG